UCGCAAACCUGUGGCGGUGACAGGAGACCCGCCAACCGGGAAACGGCGGCGGCGGCUCCCGAGGCUCCGAGGCUCCCGCGCUCCGGCGCCCGCGGUCGCGCUGUCCUCGCUGCUCGCCUGGCCGCCAGGAGAAGAAACAAGCCUGGAGUUGGAGUAGUUCAUUCAAGGUUAUCAAGUUGACAGAUAGAGGGACGAGAACAGAGUCACCAGCACUGGCUGAAGGCAAUCCAGCAUCCAGCAGAGGAGAAGUUACAAGAGAAGGCGUGGGGUGCAGUUGUUCCACUGGUAGGCAAAUUAAAGAAAGUUUACGAAUUUUCUCGGAGGUUAGAAGCAGCAUUAAGAGGGCUUCUGGGAGCCUUGACAAGUACCCCAUAUUCUCCCACCCAGCAUCUUGAGCGAGAGCAGGCUCUUGCUAAACAGUUUGCAGAAAUCCUUCAUUUCACACUCCGGUUUGAUGAACUCAAGAUGACAAAUCCUGCCAUACAGAAUGAUUUCAGCUAUUAUAGAAGAACAUUGAGUCGUAUGAGGAUUAAUAAUGUUCCAGCAGAAGGAGAAAAUGAAGUAAAUAAUGAAUUGGCAAAUCGAAUGUCUUUGUUUUAUGCUGAGGCAACCCCAAUGCUGAAAACCUUAAGUGAUGCCACAACGAAGUUUGUGUCGGAGAAUAAAAAUUUACCAAUAGAAAAUACCACAGGUUGUCUAAGCACUAUGGCCAGUGUGUACAGAGUCAUGCUGGAGACACCGGACUACAGAAGCAGAUUUACAAAUGAAGAGGCAGUGUCCUUCUGCUUGAGGGUAACGGUGGGUGUCAUAGUACUCUAUGACCACGUACAUCCCGUGGGAGCAUUUGCCAAAACUUCAAAAAUCGAUAUGAAAGGUUGUAUCAAAGUUCCUAAGGACCAGCCUCUGAAUAGUGUAGAAGGUCUUCUCAAUGCUCUCAGGUACACAACAAAACAUUUGAAUGAUUGAGACUACCUCCAAGCAAAUUAAGUCCAUGCUGCAAUAGCACUUCCGAGAUGAGAGCCUGCUGCAGGCAGAAGCCCUGUUCUGCAGUGAUGAGGACGCAGUUUUUAGUGAUUGCAAUUACGAUCUCAUUUACUCUUGCUUUUUAUUUCUGUCCUCUGUUCCUCUUCCCUCUUUUUAAAUCAUGUUCUUGUCCUUAAGACUUCUUUUCUGUGCCAAAACCAGUAAAGUUCAACUCUGAAGGGAUGUUGUCCUUUCAAAUAGGCCAUCUAAGGCAGCUAAUUACGCAUUGCAUUGGGGUCUCUACUGAGAAAAAUUCUGUGACUUGAACUAAAUAUUUUUAAAUGUGGAUUUUUUUUGAAAACUAAUAUUUAAUAUUGCUUCUCCUGCAUGGCAAAACUGCCUACUCUGCUAUUUAAAAACCCUCAAUAACUUUAUUUUCUACUGCCGCUUUUUUCAUGUGCAGCCAAAAUGAAAAUGUUUAAAUUAACUGUGUUGUACAAAUGGUACCCAACACAAACUUUUUUUAAAUUAGUAAGACUUUUGUUUAAAGUUUUAUGUUUGCAUUUUGACUUUUUUGUAAAGAUGUAUGUUGUGUGUUUAACCUUUAUUAACUAAGGUUAAAAACUGUGAUGUGUGCGGAGUAUUACGUAUGCAUGUUCAUGUUUAAAGAAUGGCUGUUGAUAAAAUAAAAAUCAGCUUUCAUUU